AUGUCGGAAACGGACGAUGUUACCCGUCCCACGAGUAUCAAUACCGUCAAUGUAACCGAUUUCGAGGACGGCGAUGCAUCGGCUGCGCGAUCGGUCUACGCCAAUAGCCUCCUCGUGUCGGAGAUCUAUAGCUGGUUGCCAGGAUUUGCGGAUAGGAAGAACCGCACGCUGUUAUCCAAGUCCGGAUGGGAAGAGGCAGCUCGGGUCCUAUUUCGCCAGGGAAGUGUUCGCAACUUACUCCCUCUGCACCACCAGAGCAGUCCGGAGCGGACCGCACAGAUCCUGGGAUUCGUUCGCUUCACAUGGUGUCGUCAAGAUGAGAUGGACAUAGCAGACGGUGUGACCGUCUUCAGGUGCUCCGGUCAUUCCCGGCAUUGCGAUGACUGCACUCUUGUUGUGCCACUGACAAUGUUCUUCAACCUGGAGUUGUUGAAUAUAGUUGAUUUGCCGCGCGGGCUGCCUGUCGAAGAGCAGCACAUGUUUGGCGAUCGAGCAAUCAUGGUCCAAUCAAAUGUGCACGGCAGAUUCAAACAAGCCCCGAUGAUCCAGGUCAAAGGCUCGUCAGCCUCCAGUCUUAGGCGUAUCACCAUUCCCAUGCACGACUGCGAACGAAUCGAUUACAUUAUUGCGGAGGGCUUCGUGAAAGCCGCGCGCGAACACCUUUGCAAUGCACAAGCUUCGGAGGAAGAAGUCUUGCUGUUCGCCCAGCUCCGGUCCUUCGAAAGCUUCGUCUUUCCGGAGAUCGGUUUGGACGCUAUAUCGGCUCUGCUACAACGAUGCCCCUUGUUGACCAGAUUGGCCUUUCGGCUGCAUAAUCUAGGUAAUCUGCCCGACAUCCUCAAGACUGCGCCUCGCUUACAUGAUGUGAAGAUCGAGGGCGCCGCCUUGAGCUGGCUGCCUAGUCUCGUUUUCAUCCCAAGACUCUCCUUGAGCUGCAAGUUAAAACGAGAUCCGGAAAUCUUGGAAUGGAUUGCGCAGGAUCUGCAGCCGAAGGGGGAUGUGCAGACCCGAAGUCAAGUGCGGUACCUGCACUUACAUGUCACCGAUUACUUCGAUAUUGGCAACAAAUACCGGGCAGUGGCUAGGUUUAUCUUAUCCCUCGUUCCGAUCGAUGCCGAGAUCGUUGUGACCGGGAACGGUUCUCUUCCCGCGGAAAUCGACUCGGUCAGACAGGAGGACAAAAUCGCCAAGAUGGAACAGCGAGAGAAAGAGAGGACAGGCCCAGGGUAUCGCUUGAUCGAGAAGCCUCAGAUCUAG